UCGUAUAAAUAGAAAAAAAAAGAAGUAGCUUUGCUUUACCCAAUCCCCCAUAUCACUCAGGUGAGGUAAACACUCACCGUUUGUUCCGGUCAACCAGAUCUCCAUCGGUAUAUUCAAAAUCAUUCUCAAUUCUUCUUCUAUUGCCUUUUACGAUCCAGCUCUGCAUUCCUGUCGGCUUUUACGAAAAGUUAUCGGCGACGGCAACAUGACAUCGACGGCCGAUGAAUUCUCUAAGCUUAACAUUACUGCCGAUUCGGAUUCCAUUCCUCCCAAUUUACACAAAAACCUAUCUCAUCUCUCCUCUCAACAGGUAGAAUUGGCGAAAGUGUUGAUAGAGAUGGGGCAAACUCACUUGUUUCAGCAUUGGGCGGAACCUGGAGUUGAUGAUGAUGAGAAGCGAGCUUUCUUUGAUCAGAUUGCUAAACUUAAUUCAAGUUACCCUGGGGGGUUGGCAGCAUACAUUAACACUGCUAGGAAGCUUUUAGCUGAUUCAAAGGCUGGAAAAAACCCGUAUGAUGGUUUUACACCUUCGGUUCCAUCUGGAGAGGUUCUGAAAUAUGGUGAUGAUAAUUUUGUUCAAUUUGAGGAGGCUGGCAUCAAAGACGCACGGAAGGCUGCAUUUGUGCUUGUUGCUGGAGGCCUCGGAGAGCGUCUUGGGUACAAUGGGAUAAAGGUGGCCCUUCCUAGAGAAACAACUACAGGGACAUGCUUCUUACAACAUUAUAUCGAAUCUAUUCUUGCUUUGCAAGAAGCCAAUUUAGAAGUAAAAACUUAA